CCGCGUUCUUCCUUACACAACAAAGAUGGCUGCGCCCUGUAGGAAACUGAUGAGGUCGACUUUGCAAGGUUUGUAUCAGGUAUCAAAUAGGACCUUGUGGAUAGGAUCACACUUUGAGCAGAUAGUCGCCCGUCCCAGACUGCAGGAGAAUGUUUUGCACAGCAGAGCUCUACACUGUGGACAUUAUGCCUUACAAACCAUCACCAAGAUGGAAUCUCCAAAAGUUCUGAAACCACAGAAAGGAGCUGAACCUGAAAAAAAGACCAACCAACAAAAGAAAGAAGAGGAGGACGAUGAGGAGGAAGAUAACAGCCCUGAGUACAUCCCCAAAAGGCAAGCCAAAAAUCCAAUGAUGAAGAUUGGAUACGCAUGGAUGAUUGGCUUGCCUACUGGAGUCAUCGGCUUUAUUCUGGCAAAGAGACAGGUGGAUAAGAACCGACUGAAGCAGCUGAAAAUCAGACAGAGAAUGAAGAGAUCUAAUGAGGGAGAUUACGAGAGUAACCGAUAUAAACCAGCCCCCAGGAUGCAGUGAAAGCUCUCCUUCUGUGAAAUGACUCUAUUGUACUAAAGAAUGGCUUCAUUGAGCACUAAUCAUCAGGUUGCCAUGGAGACCGUGAACCAUGCAGAAUAUAACAAAGACAUUGUAGACAGCAAGCAUUUAUUAUGGUGGACCUUUUGAUCUUAUAAACAAGGAUUUGAUGAAGA